AUGGAGAGUCAAACGCACUCGGCUAUGGCAAUUCGGCCCUACGUGGAACAAUUAGGCGCGUCUUUCCUCACGGCCACCAACGCAGCAGCGUCGAAGCUGUCGUCACAUCGUGGGCGUCGUCUGUGGAGUCGUUCUCGUAGAUACGUAUUACCGGCUUCCUUAGCCUCCGUUGUUGCAGUUGUGAUGCUAAUAUUUUUGUGCAACGCAAUUCAGAAAAAGAACCAUGCCCUUCACAGUCGCGCUCGACAGAUCUCGGCUAGUGACCGCCCCAAUGGUCUACAUGAAGGUGUUUGUGGCAAUGAGUCGGACGUAGGAACAGGCGAGAUGAAUUCCCAGGCUUCGCAUGUUGUCGCAUUUUUGUCUGAACCCUCCAUCCAAGGGACAGCCGCCAGCAGGAGGGAGCCACCCGCGAGCGUGGGAUCACCAGAAGAGCACCCACAGGCCGCCUUUGCCCAACUGCCCCCAAAUAUUCCCGUGCUUGGCAGGACUGAUGCGGCGCCGUGGGAUCUUACGGCAUUCAGUCCGGCACAACUGCAGCUUGAUGCGACACCACGGGGUCUUACGGCGUUCAGUCCGGCACACCUGCAGCUUGUCUCGGUAGACCUGACACCUACUGAGCCCGUCGUGCCUAGCAGGACUGGAGCGACACCUUUUCUCCUUGUGUCUUUCAUUCCAGCAGAACCGCAUCUUGCCUCCCCAAACACGACACCCAUUGGUUUCCCCGUCCCCGUCAGGGCUGUGCCACCUUGGAGCAGUGUGUCGCACAGUCCAGCACAACCUUCGGUACUUUCCUCAAACGUGACUACUGCGUCCGCGGGGCCUUCCGGGGCUGCUGCGGUACCUUCUCUUCGUGUACCUCGCCGCCCCCCAGGCUGGAUGACUGGACAACGUUCGCGAGAGCUUCAUGCGGCCGAAGCCCUGCUGCAGUUGUCAAUGAGUAGACCUUCUUUGGAGCCAAAGAGUGUAGAGUCCGAACGACAGGCUGAGGACAGGGCUCAACCGUCAACGUCGACCCAAUCACAAGAAACUCUGCAGAUGCAGAGCCCUGUGGCUCUAACUGCGAAGCAUAAGCGGUGGGUCUCUCCUUUUGGACGUUUUAUCGCUCCUCCACGUGCAGGCGAUCCAAGUAUUUCCAGCCACUUAUUUUGCCAUCUUCCCGAGGUCGACAGCAGCAAACGUCUGAGGCCACUGAAUCCAGUGGCUGCUUUAUGUGAAGGCUUUUCUAGGAGAAAGCUAGCCCUGUUGUUGGAGAGAGCGCGCGACUUCCUUGCAAGGCCCACCCUCACACCCGCAGAACUGGAAGGUAUAACACAUGUUAGUGAACAGUUAUGCUCUUGUAUUGCGCAUGAUGAGACCAGUUUAGACGAUCUUCCAAUUCGUCCGCUUACAGAACAUUUAGGACUCCAAUUCCUUGCGUUGGACGUAAUUGUUGCGACUCUGCAACUAUUGGGUCAACCGCCGGAGGGUCCAUGGUGGGAGAAAGUUAUUAGUAGCGUCCCCCAAUAUAUUCCUAGUAUAUCUGCACCGGUUUACAACUUACGCGUGAAAACGCACUACACCAAGUUCCUUGCACAGGAACUUAUGGACGCUUUGCAAAUAUUAAAGACAGGAAAAAGGCCAUCGGACUCUACUCUAGUCUGGCUCAAGCGGAUGCUCUUCUGCUCAGAAUAUUCCCCGCGACGCUUUCGAGCUCCGUUUUACGACGACUGGAGAAGGGACGAAGCUCGUUUUGCUAGACUCAACCAACAGCCAACCGAAGAACAUGUCGAUGGUCGCUCUCUGCGUUGA